GUGACGACCAUAUCUCGGACUAGUACAACUGACAGUGAAGCGAUAUCAAGUUGCAGAGAAGAAAAGAGAAGGACCGAAGUGAGAGCGGCAGCUUAAUUAGCCAUGGCUCAAGCACAGGCGACACGAGGCUCAGGCGACCCCAUGAAGGCCCAGCAGGAGCAGCCGGAGCCCAUCCAGUACGGCCACGUCUUCGCCGUCACGGGCGACCUAGCCGUCCAGGCCAUCGCGCCGCGGGACGCGGAGGCCAUGCGCACCGCCGAGGAGAGCGUGCAGGGCGUGCAGGUCCCGCAGGCCAGCGGCGGCGGCUUCAGCGCGGCGGUGGCCAUGGAGACGGCCGCCACGUACAACCAGGCCGUCGGCGCCGUCCGCCCGGGCCAGGCCAGCGACGCGGCCACCAAGCAGGGCAUCACCGUCACCCAGACGGCCGUGCCCGGCGGCCGCAUCGUCACCGAGUUCGUGGCCGGCCAGGUGGUGGGGCAGUACUCCGUGGCCGACCAGGCGAUGAUGCAGCAGCAGCAGGUGGAGGAGGACACGAGCAAGGUGACGAUCGGCGAGGCCAUGGAGGCAGCGGCCCUGUCCGCGGGCGAUCGGCCCCUCGAGGAGGCCGACGCGGCGGCCAUCCGCGCCGCGGAGACCCAGGCGCAGGGAGCGGACGAGGUCAUGCCCGGCGGCCUCGCCGACCAGGCGUGGGCCGCCGCAAGCGCCAACGCCUGGGCGGAGCGCGACGAGGACAAGAUCACGGUCAGCGAUGUCCUCUCGGACGCGACGACGAAGCUGGCGGAUGACAAGCCGGCGGAGAGGGAGGACGCGGCAAGAGUGGUGCAGGCGGAGACGUACAGCGACGCCGGGGCGCGCACCAAGGCCGGCGGGGUGGGCGCCGCGAUCACCACGGCGGCGAGGCUUAACCAGGAGGACGACGACGACGCUUGAAUUUGCCACGUCUCGUGUGUGUGUACCGUACACUCGGAACAAUCGGAACAAGUUCGUGUGCAACCUUGCAGGAGAGCAUCCUGUCGAGUGAGGCGAAUCAAGGCAGCAGUAGGUUCAGCCAGCCUUGUGUGUAAUAAACAAAUAACAGUGCUGGCCCGGCUGUGAGUCUGUACAUGUUUUUCUUUUCUCUCCGGAGUUGUAGUAUGACGUCGUGUGCUUUUUACUCCGUUUCGCUCAAGUUGAAGUCUAUUUCCGCUGUU